ACAGCGACGUCGGUGACGUCAUCACGCGUUCUACGGGCGGACUUUUUCAAAAUGGAGGAACGGCAAACAUUUUGGAGGGGAAUACAAAUAUACCGAUUAAAUGCAUUUUUACACAUCAUGAUCAAGUCAAACCCUCUCAUAUUUGCGGAAAAAUAAGGAUAUUUUGAACAUAAUUACCGUAUCGUCGGACUGAAGAGGUUAUGAAGUGAAAAUGAGUGUUUCAAUCGGUGAAAAUAUUGAGGACUUCAGGGUUCUCACCUUGUUGGGUAAAGGCUCUUUUGCAUGCGUGUACAGAGCAAAGUCUGUAAACACGGGCUUGGAGGUGGCAAUUAAAAUGAUUGACAAGAAGGCCAUGCACAAAGCUGGCAUGGUGCAGAGAGUCAUUAAUGAGGUGGAGAUUCAGUGUCGGUUAAAGCAUCCGUCGGUUCUUGAGCUGUACAAUUACUUUGAGGACAGUAAUUAUGUGUACCUGGUUCUGGAGAUGUGUCACAAUGGGGAGAUGAGCCGCUACCUGAAAGAGAGGAAGAAACCUUUCACCGAGGAAGAGGCGAGGCACUUCAUGCAUCAGAUUGUGAAGGGAAUGCUGUACCUCCACACUCAUGGGAUCAUGCACAGGGACCUGACCUUGUCCAACCUCCUGCUCACCACCAGCAUGAACAUUAAAAUCGCAGACUUUGGUUUGGCGACGCAGCUCAAGCUUCCCAGUGAGAAGCACUUCACCAUGUGUGGCACUCCAAACUACAUUUCACCUGAGGUGGCUACACGCAGCGCUCACGGCCUGGAGUCGGACGUUUGGUCACUGGGCUGCAUGUUCUACGCCUUCCUCACGGGCAGACCUCCCUUUGACACGGACACUGUGAAACACACCCUCAAUAAGGUGGUUCUGGGAGAAUAUCAGAUGCCCACUCACAUAUCAGCAGAAGCUCAGGACCUGAUUCAGCAGCUCUUGCAGAAGAACCCGGCUGUCAGGCCCAGUCUCUCCACAGUGCUGGACCACCCUUUUAUGACUCAGACGGGGCCCACCGCAAGCAAAGACUCUGGGAGCAGUGACGGGGGGUCCAUAGAUAGCGGCAUAGCCACCAUAUCCACAGCCUCCAACGCCACCAAUAGCAGCAGCAGCAGCAGCCGGCUACAGAGAAAAACAAGGCAGGUGAUUGGACAGCCCUUGCCCAAUCGCAUGGCGCCGAUCCCCAGUCACUCCCAUCAUUCCACCAGCUCCAGUUUUAAGAGCGGGCAAGAUUGGCAGCCACAUUUGCAAGAUGAUUUAUCAAGGAUGGGUAUUGGUAGAGUUCCCAUGGGUGCUGACAGCGGAAGGCCUCAUUCUCGCUACUUGAGACGGGCUCACUCAUCAGAUCGAUCCAGUGCUGGGUUUAGCAACACUCCACAGGAAGCGGAGCUGGAGAGAUGCCACUCGGAAGAGAUGCUUCCAGGGUCCGGACGAUUAUUUCCAUCAACCUCCAGCUACAGAAACAUGCCCCAUGGCUACUCUGAGCAUGGGCGCCUGCCUUCUCCACCUGUAAAACAGCCUGCAAAUCCGGGAUCAUCUUUCCCUACAUCCACCCAUUCACUGAGACCACAAAUGCACGAUUCUCAAUUGCAGGCCUGGUUCAGCAGUGAUGGACAGGAUGGUGUAGAGCAGACAGGAAGAGAAGUGGGAGAGAGAGAGGGAGAUGGGAUUAGCAAAGGUCCUCGAGCUGGGAUUCGAACUCAGGACGCCAGUAACACAACAGCUAUUGGAGCGUUCAAGAGGCCGGCAGACCUGAGCAGUCACAGCAGCAGUGGGAGUGUUCACUCUGGACGAGGGCCGGUCGGGACACAGAUCUCCUGCAGUGAUAAGCCCAGCAGCCUUCACUCUCAGCAGCAACCUAAACUUUUCCCGCACAACAAUCCAGGGCCCUGCAGGGAAGAUGGGUUUGGAUCAGGACACGUGUCAGAAUCUCAGGGCUACUCGGACACACAGUUUCUGGGUCCACCCCUCUCCAGAGGCAAAGCAAACACAGAGAAGGAGAAAGUGUGCCCUAAGAAGAGCUUCCCUCCACUCUGUGCUGCCAGACUCAAGCCUAUUAGACAAAAGACCAAAAACGCUGUGGUCAGUAUCCUGGAUUCUGGAGAGGUCUGUAUGGAGCUGCUGAAGGGACAAGGAGCUCAGGAGAGAGUCAAAGAAGUACUAAGGAUAUCUUGUGAUGGAUCCAUGGUUACAGUGUAUCAACCCAAUGAAGGGAAAGGCUUCCCUGUGCUGGACCACCCCCCCUCACCACCUGAAGACAUUCUCAUCUGCAGCUAUGAGGACUUACCAGAAAAAUACUGGAAGAAAUAUCAGUAUGCCACCAAGUUUGUCCAGUUGGUGAAAUCAAAGACCCCUAAAGUCACACUGUACACAAAAUUUGCCAAGUGCAUGCUGAUGGAGAACACUCCUAAUGCAGACCUGGAGGUGUGCUUCUAUGAUGGUGCAAAAACCCAUAAGACGAGGGAGCAGGUGCGUGUGGUGGAGAAGAACGGGAAAUCGUAUACGGUAAAGGGUGACAUUGGGCUGAGCGGACUGAGUCCUGAGUGCAGACUCUACAUGGAGCUCUCUGAGGAGGGGCAUCGAAUGUGUCUGUCUUUGGAAGCGGCCAUCACUGCCGAGGAGCAGAGAAGCGCUAAAAACACUCCAUUCUUUCCCAUCACUAUCGGCAGGAGAGCCACCAAUCCAGCCUUUUCAGCUUCUCAGCCUCCGUGUCCGUCUGAGUCUUGCCCAGCAGCACCUGCAGAGGUGGCUCAGGUGUGCCUCAGUCCGCCCCAGCCACCCCACAUCACGCCAUCAAUGAUUUCCUAUGCAGGAUCAGACUUCACUACAGCUAGUGUGGCUAAAGGCAGCUCACCCCAAUCAGGCAAAGAUGAACGCACCGUUAACUCAGGAAAGGUGCUCAAGUCCAUUUUUGUGCCUAACAUUGGCUGGGCCUCUCAGUUAACUACUGGUGAGGUAUGGGUUCAGUUUAAUGAUGGAUCCCAGCUGAUGGUCCAAGUUGGUGUCUCUUGCAUCACUUUUACUUCCCCUGAUGGACACAUCACCAGGUAUAAAGAGAAUGAGAAGUUACCAGAGCUGGUCAAAGAGAAGCUCCACUGUCUCUCGAGCAUCCUGGGCCUCCUCGCCAGCCCUGCUGUCAGACGCUGAUGAGCCCUACACACACAAAUAAACCUGUUUAUAUGACCUGAGCAUCGCUGUCCCAAGCACUUCUGCUUUUUUACGUCAUAUUCUCAUGAAUGUGCUUUGAGUGUUUGUAAAUACAUUUUUUUAAACAUUUGUACAUAUAGUCCCAAAGAUUAUGAAAAUUAUAUAUUUUUAUGUUGUACAUAAUGGGCUUCCUGUCUUCGUGUUGUGUAUUAAGUUUAUUUUUGUGACCCAGUUCGACUCAGCACUUCAAUGAAAUGUUAGCUGUACAAACAUACAAGCAUUAAACAUCUGCUUCCUGGUGUAUUAUUG